AGGCACCUCUAAUUUUUCUUACCUAAAUUGUACCUAAAACAGUUGAGCAAGUUCUUAUAAUGCUUUCUUUUCUCUAUGGGCUGAGCAAUAAUGCCAAGCUCAGUACCAUGGCUGUUUUAGCUGGAGUGAGUUGUAGCUUGUACCUGCUGCUGAAAAAGUGGGACUCAGACUGGUGCUGUGUGACCAUUGAAGUUCCAAAAGAGGCUGCUGGACGAGUGAUUGGGCGCAAAGGAGCUAACAUCAAAAUAAUAGAAGCAAAGUCACAGACAAGCAUCCAGUUAAAACACACCAAGACAGCUGUGGGAAAAUGUCAGUGCACAAUUCGUGGCUCCCUGGAUGCUGUCAGUUUUGCUCGCAGUCUUCUUGAACACACCAUUGAGUCAGCAUCUUGCAACUCAAUUGUACAGAACAUGAUUGUGCCCAGUGCUGUUGUUGGAGGCAUUCUUGGGACCAAAGGCCAGAAUAUAAAGGAACUGAUACAGCACACCGGUGUUCACAUUAAAGUUGAACCCAAAUCUUCUGACCCUGCUCAGAUUUCUCGUGAAAUAUCCAUCAGAGGAAGCAAGGAAGGAGUGGCAGCUUGUGUUAAUGUCAUCACUGAUAAAGUGAAGCAUCUUCUGCAGAGAGAACUAACUACCACCAAGAACAACCGAUCAAAGUCAACAGCCAACAAAUGUGUGCCCAGCUCAAGGCCUGAUGCCUUGCAAUACUCAGCUAGUGAAGUGAGAGUAUGUGCCACUGCCUCGCCCAUCACGCUCUACCUCCAGUACGUGGGCAACAAGUCAGCAGAGCUGGACGACAUGAUCGUGGCGAUGUCUUCUUACUACAGCGACCCUGACACUCAGACCUCCAUGGCUCUGACACGUGCAUGCGUCGGGGACAUGGUGGCUGUGCGCUGCUCUCAGGAUUUGUGGUACAGAGCUCAAGUUUUGAGAGCUGGAGAACGUUAUCUUGAUAAAGUGGCAUCUCUAGUUCCUGCAUUUAAUUUAACUGAAAGUAAAUAUUACAAAGUCGAAGCAGAAAUUUCUGCCUCUUCCCAAAACAAGGUACAUUGCGAGAAUUCGUGUGAAAAUUUGCAUGAAAAUCAACUCGUAUCACAUGUUCCCUUAAAUCAUCAUAACGAUCACAAUGGAGCUGAUGCAGUGUCAGAAGAGAUAAGUGAGGAAAAUCUGUUCGUGAUGCCACCAGUCCAUGUAUCAACUUGUACUGCUAACUCCAUCUCAUCCAAAAUAAGUUUUGAGAACAAAAAAGCGUUGACUAGAAGCACUGUACCCAGUCAACCUUCAAGCCAAAUUCCUGCUGAAAACGGCAAUCUACCUGACAUUCCUGGACCAAAUUCAGUGCACAAAGAAAAUUCCUCUGGCAAGCCGUGCUUGUACCUCGUGUUUCUGGUUGAUUACGGGGACUUUCUCUCUCGCUCCUUGAACGACAUGUGUGAACUGAGAACCGAUUUCUUACGCCUUAGCCACCAAGCCUUCAAAGUGCAGCUCGCCGACGUGGCCCCCAUACCCAGCGAACGCGCCGCUGCAGAAUUUGCACUCUCCCAGCUGUCACAAACUUCUUUUCCUGACGUAGUGACAGCCAAGGUCGUUGGCUACAGACACAAGAAUGUCCAAUCUUUAUCCAACGGCCACGUCAAUGGAUCCGUUACCUCCAAGACCAACUCAGUUCUUCCUCACAAGGACCCAUCCUUGAAUGAAGGUUGCCGUGAGCAGCUACAAUACACUCUAGAGCAGUUGAAACCUGUACUGACUAAGCAUGGAGUUCCUGAUGCUCAGAACUUGCUUCCUUGCGAGGUAUUGGAUUUUGUUGCAAACGACGGCUUGGAUUAUUUGCAACAAACCGAAAACGCGAUUGUUUUGAUGGAAUCUGAAUUGUACUACUUUGAGAAACUGCUGAAUAACUACAAAAUUCAUUCAAAAAAUCUGACAACAAAUAAUGGGAACGACGAAAAUUGUGUUUCAGAAACCUCUCAAAAUGAAAUUGAAGAAGACAACAAAAUCCUGAAAAUUCUAUGGAAGGACAUUACAGAGGCUGGUAGUUCUGCUAACCGCUGGAACAACCUAGACCAAUUUAUCUGGUCUGAUGUACGAUCAAUGCUACAAGAAGAGGCCAUUUUAUCAAACGAUACAAAACUUACCGAAGCUGAAACCUUAAAACUGAAAUCUGAUAUUUCUUCUCGCGAAAAAUCUCUAAAUGAGCUACGAUGGCAGGACUUUCUUCUUAGGUCUGUCGAGCGACUCGCCUUUGGCAUGACUAACGACAAUGAACGAUAUGACGAACCCGUACCACUUGUUCGGCUUUGCUACAAGACUGGGCAGAAGGAGUUGGACGUGGCAGACGCACUCUUGAGGAAAGGCAAGCUUCGUGCCUGCUGAAGUUCGCGCCUGCUGCAGUUCGUGCCCGCAGCACCUUCUGCCGUAACUUCGUAAUCUUAUGAUCUUCGAGUUUGCUAGAAUUUUUUUUUAUUUUAUUUUGCACGCGAUCUAAUUUAUUGUAGGGCUAAUGUGCAGUGCCUUCCAGCGUGCUCUUAAUGGAACUC